AUGUCGCGCCCAUUCCCAUAUACUUUCAUUUCCUGUCCCUGUGCAGACACCCCAGUCCCCGAUCCAGCGAGGAAGCGGAGAUCUAGAGAGUCGCCACAAAAACAAUCACCCCAAAAGCCGGCCCCGCGACCUAGUACAUCAGAAGGCGAGAAGAAAGGGACGACAGCCAACGAGCAGCGAGAUGAAGAUGAUGAAGAUGAGCAAACCUUCGACCCGCGCUCUCCGCGCUCUGAUUUCUCCUUAUACCCCCCGGAACAACUUCUCUACUGUGAGGAGUGCCACCAGAUCAAAUGCUCCAGAUGCAUCACAGAGGAAAUAGUGAGCUGGUAUUGCCCAAGCUGCCUGUUUGAAACGCCGAGCAGUAUGGUACGAGGUGACGGUAAUCGAUGUGGCCGAAAUUGCUUCAACUGCCCGGUGUGCACAGCACCAUUGGCUGUAAGUACCAUUGAAAAUGCGACAGGAAAUGGAACCCAACAGGGCCCAUGGGUGCUGUCUUGUGCAUAUUGUCUUUGGACAACACUUGACAUUGGCAUCAAAUUCGACAAACCGACAAAUAUCCGCAGCCAACUCCAGAAAAUGACUGAUGCCACACCUCCAGCUGCAUUUGACCGCUCAAGGCAGGCUUCCCGUACCCUUGACAGUCUCAAACACCCACUAUCUAGCUCAGCUUCGGUCGAGGAGCAUGCGAAUGCGCGUGAGCGCGAGCGCGAUAUAGAGCAUCCGGCACCGAAAGAAGACCCAACAGCGCCCCCGAUGGGUGCGGAUGCUCAAUUUGCAGCCUUGAAAAACUUCUAUCGAGCCCAGAUUGCCGAAACGUCAAACUCGCCCAAUGAUCAUCUCAGCUCCGACUUUGGGUUCUCUUCACCCGGCGCCUUGAACAGGCUCAUGUCCUUGUAUACUUCAUCCUCACGUCUUGGCGGAUUGUAUGGUGGCAACAAGAAAGCCAAAUCCAAGCCACCUGUGAUGCGCGAAGCCCUAACAGCAAGCGAAGGCCUGCAGAUUGCACCAAAGAAUGGUGAAGCAGACAUCAUUGCACGACUUGCUUCCCCGGAUUGUGGAUGGGAGGGAGUGGCAUCAUUAGAUCAACGCAAGGCUCAAGCACCAAACGCACGCUUUGUCGGAGACCUGCUACCACUCCCAGUCCUUCUUCGCACCAAGCGAGCAAAACGCUGCAAGUCCUGCAAGCACAUUCUCGUGAAGCCGGAGACGAAGCCGCAGUCCACGCGCUUCCGUAUUCGCCUCAUUGCUCUCAGCUAUAUUCCCCUUCCAACACUGUGUCCAUUGGCCUUCUCUUCUUCCUCUACACUUCCCUCCAUGGCACCAACUCCUGAUCUGGAUUCCCUUUCUCCCCUACGCCCCAUCCACGUCCUACUCACAUUGAAGAACCACAUGUUCGACCCUGUGCGCAUAACACUCGCAACACCACCCGUGACCCCUGGUCGAGUCGCUACUAAAGUGACUGUUCUCUCUCCACAGUUCGAGAUCGGCGCUAACAGCGACGUCUGGGACGAGGCAUUACAAGGUGCGUCGGCAACUUCAUCGGGAGAAUCGAAGUCUGCCGGUCUUGGCCUACGAGGUGUUCCCGAGGCAGGCAAGGUGUGGGAUAAAGGCCGGAAUUGGACGACUGUCGUGUUGGAGGUCGUCCCUGGUACAUUACCCGGCAGCAGUGCUGAAGGUGGAGAUGGGAACCCUGAAACCACUGACGAGGAUGUGGUGGCUGUGGCAGCUUCUAGGAAAGAUGAGGAUGUGCUCGAGAUUCCGGUCUUUGUGCAUAUGGACUGGGACGCGGAUGCGCAGCUUGACCAGCAGAAUCUGGGGAAGGCAUCUAAGGCUGAUGAUAAGGUGACGAGAGAGCUGGCUUAUUGGAUGGUCCUUGGUGUGGGCAGAAUCCAAGCUUCUUUGUAA